CUAGCGCUCGUUGCUAAUCUACUUUUGCCUACGUCCCACCCUGUUUCCCAUUCAUAAAGCUACUUUAAUACGAAAUAUGCCCACGUAAUAUGCGUCUUUUAAAAAAUGGUGCGCCUGUCCCUUUAAGGGUUAUGUAGUCGGGCUGGUCAAUGUAGGACGAGCGAGCGACCGUGCGUGCGCGCUCCUGCCCGAGGUCCGGCUGCCGUCUUCAUCAUGGCCUCCACACCUCCGACUCCGCCGCAACCGAGGAUGAAGCGAUCAGCAUACAGCCCUUCCCUUCCCGACGCGGAGACGGACGCCAAGCCGAAACAGCGGCACCGGUAGAGGCGAGCCGCGCCGGGGAGAGCCGCGCCUCACAGCCAAUGCCACCCCGGUCUCCCCCAUGCCUUCGUUCAAAGCCAAGCACGGCUAUUCAAUAAAGGAGGGUGAGAACCCGGGCGGUGGCAGAAACAUGUCAACAAACAGGGAUUAUUCCGUUAAUCUAUCGGUGCAGCAAGUGCUGAGUCUUUGGGUGCAAGGGACGACGUUGCAGCACUUUGCAGAAAUGUGGUACUGGGUGUUCCUGUGGUGUCUUUUCUCCUCACUCUUCGUCCACGGGGUGAUGGGGAUGCUCAUGUUCGUCAUGCUGCAGCGCCACAAGUGGGGCCGUCUCAUCGCCGUUGUGCUGGUCAGCGUGGGUUUCCUGGCCUCCCUCUCCGGAGGCGUCAUCACCAGCGCAGCGAUAGCGGGCGUGUACCGUGUGGCAGGGAAGGACAUGGCACCCCUGGAGGCUCUGCUUCUCGGUGUGGGCCAAACCAGCCUCUCUGUCGUCAUAUCCUUCUCACGCAUCCUGGCCACACUCUGAAAUGAAGGUAAUAGUUGAAGGACACAGACUUAAUGAAUGGCAGCCAAUCAGAGACUUGAAAUUGGCCUCUUGACCUUUGGGACUGGGUCCAAAAGUUGAGUUACUGCCAUUUUUACGAGCGGGAACUCGGUUCAGCACAAGCAGCGCCAGGCAAACACAGCUCCAUCCUCAGCUUCUGGACUGAAAGCCAUGUUGGGGGUAACUUUGUGCCAAUAGUCUGCUCUAUAUGAAUGGGAAUUUUUUAAAACAUUAAAAUGGGUUCUUUUUUGAAGAGUCCGCUUGAGAACAAAAGUCGAGCAGUGACGACGCAGCAAAUGUUGAAAGCUAUACAGUAUUAAUCAUCACCCGGAGGUUUCACAGAUUCUCGUUAUCAUUCCUUUUUGUUCAACAAACAUGAAAACAAGUAUCAGUGCCAAAAACUGCGAGUGAAUGUUUGGGAGCGUUGCUAUUAGCGACACUUGUUUGCUCUCCAUUUUAUUAAAAAAAAAACCUUGUCCCUUAAGUUAUAAAGCUUUGAUUUAAAUCUGAAGAAGCUAGCGCCGCACAUUUGACUCUAGACCAGAAGGGGGCAUUGUGAUCCCACAGCACUGUCAAAGAAACAUGAAAAAGAAAAUCCAAUAUUGACAACAAAAGUGGAUUCAAGGUAAGAUAAAUCGACGCUAGCUUUUUCAAAUGGACUUUUUAACUUUGAAUUUUGCACUGAUUUUUACUCUUGCCUUGUUUUAUCAUGUAACUCUGGCGUGACAUAUUACACUGAAAGGAGUGAUAGCAUUUUUUUAUUUUAUUUUGAAAUGCUGUCAAAAUGUGCUUGAAUGAUAUUGUUUGUGGUCAAGUAGGCCAUAAGCAAGUUUGUGUCCCGGGAUUAAAAAAUGACCCCAAAAUGUAAACAGCACAUGACACCAAACCCAAAAAUAGGAAGUCGAAGGGUAUUUAAUGCCAAAGUAUCAUUCAUAUGCUAGCUUUAUUUCUUCCAUCUCAUUUUAGUGAUGUAACAUUUUUUUAAUGAAUUGCUGCUUCAAGAUUGGUCGGAAAAUAUCAUGACUGCUUUGAGUCCGUUUUUUGUGUGCCUUUUUCAAGGUAUUCUGAAGGGUUAUGUAACUGACACGCUCACCUACAUUACCGGUUUUGUACACAAGAGGGCGCCAUUGCACUGCACUAAAAACGCUGCGAUGACAACUGAGACUUUUUUUUUGGAAUAGUUUUUUUGCAUGCUUCCCAACUAUCAAACUAAUUGGAAAGCCAACCCAAACUCUCAAUUUAAUCUAACAAUACAUUUUUAUUACGAAUUAUUCCCCUCUUUUCCAGGGACCAAAGCUGGGUUUUUUUCCACCAUUUUUUAUUUAUUUGCAAAUUUUAUCAUGUACAAUUUUUUUAACGGUGCUUUUGCAGCGUGUGUGAUUGCUACCAACAAUAUUUAUGUGCUAUUCUUUAAUACAAAGUGGUUAUUAGUUGUUUUAAAUGGUGUGCCCUAAAGCAGUAUUUUCCAGCCUUUGGAGCCAAGGCAAAAACUUGGCAGUAUAUGAACAAAGAAAUAUUAUUUGCAGGAAAAACAAACGAACUAAAUAGCCCCUUUUACCCAGAUGCCACAUUGUGAUUUCAUGUGUCGUGUGCUAACGUGUGAAAGAGGUCAUGUUCAAAACCCACAGUGGCACUUGUAAAUAAUGUAUCAUAUGUUAAUUAAUUAAAAAAAAAAAACGUUUUGUACCAGCCAAGCAGCUGAUAUUUAUAACAAUGUACAAACUGUUCCUUAUAAAUAUCAGUUGAAAUUAAAAAAAAAAUU